AAAAUCACCUGGUUGAAAAUGUAAAACAAGCUCCCUCGCUCUGAGGCUCAGGCCAGCCCUACAGGGAGGCGCAGAGGGGUGUGCUCGCAGAAGGACCCUCGGAGACAUGGUGGAAGCUGUCUCGGUGCCUCAUUGUAAUCUGGAGCUUCGUGCUCUCCACUCCUGUCCUCUGGCGCUAUGCAUCUGGAUCCUCAACGCUUACAGGCACUGCUCGUCAUCGCCACUGUGGGUCUCAUCUCUGCCACUGGCUCAGAUUUAACUCCCCGUUUUAUUUCUGAGCCCCUAUCGACUGUCCAGAAGCCUGGUGGAUCCAUCCAGCUCCACUGCUCUGCUGAGCCCUCCACGGCUCAGCUUUCCUGGCUGUUUAAUGGGCAGCCCCUGGACAGCAAGGUGGGAGAAGUGGACAUCCAGGCAGGAUUUUUGACAGUCGUCUCCCUCAGCCUCUCAAUGUCUGGUCGCUAUCAGUGUGUCGCUAACAGCAGUGUGGGUGCCGUGCUGAGCAGGCCUGCAGUGGUAUCGAUGGGCAGUAAGUCUGGCUGAUUUGAUACAUCAGUGAAACCUGGCAUUGCAGUGGAGGAGGGUGGAACAGCGUUUAUCAGCUGCAAGGUGCCAGAAAGUAACCCAAAAGCACAGGUUCGCUUCCAAGUGCGGGGAAGGUGGCUGGAACAAUCAACAGACAACUACCUAAUUCUUCCAUCUGGAAACCUGCAGAUUUUGAAUGUAUCUUUAGAAGACAAAGGAUCCUAUAAAUGUGCAGCGUACAACCCCGUGACUCACGAUCUCAGAACAGAACUCACUGGACAAACGCUCACAGUCACUCGCUCUUCCUCACAUGGCUUCCACGCAUAACUUCACCCCCUGGCAUCCAGAGCCUGCAAGUGCCCGCACAGCUCUCUGAUGCUGGAAUGUGUUGUCAGCGGGUUGCCUCCAGCCUCUGUCCGCUGGAUUAAAGACGGCCAGGAUGCUCUGAGAAAAGCAGGUUGGAAACUGCUGCACUCCCAUCUGGUGACGGAGAGCUUGAGGACACUGGACUCUGGAAAUUACUCUCCUGCGUGGUGGGAAAUGGACUUUGGAAGUGUGAAAUACAUUAACUAUUCACUUACUGUACUUGAACCUGCCUCAAUCUCCAAAGGGCUGCAAGAUGAAACCGUGGCUGCUGGAGACACUGCGCAUUUCUGGUGCGACAUCCAGGGAAGCCCUGCUCCGACCCUCACCUGGCUCCACAAUGCAGCUCUCCUGCAGCUCUCUCCACGGCAUCUGCUGUAUGGGACCAUCUGUGGAUCCGUGCUGUCGCCCCUGAGGGACUCUGGCUUUGUACCAGUGGUGUGGCAGACAACGGGGGUUGGAUUUAUGCAGUCCACUGGGACACUUCGUGUCCAGACAGGCAAGGACUCCAGGCCCAUUAUCGUUUCUCCACCAGCAAGCGUCACAUUUAGUGGAUGGUGGGAUGUGACGCUGUCCUGCAAUGCACUGGCCACCCCCCUUCCUGUGAUCCGUUGGUACGACAGCAGAGGACUUGUACCAAGCCACCCUUCCAGGUGCUUCAUUCAAAACUGCAGAAACCCUCCUCAAGCAAAGGGGGGCAGUGCUGUUGGAGAGACCACCUACUUCUCCGUGUCCCAAGCGGGCUGGAGCUCCUUGCACAUUGGGAGUGUGACUCCUGAGCAUGCUGGCGAGUACACAUGUGGAAGCCAUCAACACGCACGGCUCCAUGACGUCAAAGCCUUCCUUACAGUCGUUCCUUUAGAAACUGGCAGGAAAGCUGAAGAAACGGCUCCCAUGGAAAUUGCCCAAAGCGAUGAAAGUGAUUUUGGUGCAGAAACAGCUUUUUCAAGCUCGCCUCCAACAAAAUUGCAUUUGGAUGCAGCUGUAACAGAAAAAGCGUGGAAUGGUGCUGCUCCCCCCGAAGCGCCCAUCAUCCUUAGCCCCCCGCAGACGCAGAAGCCGGACGUGUACACCCUGGUGUGGCGCUCAGGGAGGGACGGAGGCUCGUCCAUCAACGCCUACUUUGUCAAAUACCGCAAGCUGGAUGACAGCGUCAGCGCAGCAGGUGGCUGGCACACGGUGCGUGUCCCUGGCAGUGAGAACGAGCUGCGGCUCACCGAGCUGGAGCCCUCCAGCCUCUAUGAAGUUCUGAUGGUGGCAAGGAAUGCUGCUGGUGAAGGGCAGCCUGCUAUGCUGACGUUUCGCACCAGCAAAGAAAGAACGGCAUCCUCGAAAAACACUCAGGCUCCAUCUCCUCCUGUGGGCAUUCCUAAACAUCCCGUCAUUCACGAAGGGACAAAUAAUUUUGGUGUCAUCCUUCCAGACCUGUCUCGACACAGCGGUGUUCCAGAAGCUCCUGACAGACCCACCAUCUCCACAGCAUCAGAAUCGUCCGUCUAUGUCACGUGGAUACCACGAGCAAAUGGUGGCUCCCCCAUUACUGCUUUUAAAGUGGAGUAUAAACGCCUGGGUCGGAACAGUGACUGGGUGACUGCAGCUGAUAAUAUUUCUCCUUCGAAACUGUCUGUGGAAGUUCGUAACUUGGAGCCAGGAGAAAUGUAUAGGUUCCGUGUGAUUGCUGUGAACAACUAUGGGGAGAGCCCACGCAGUGCAGCAUCUCGCCCUUACCAAGUAGCGGGAUUUACCAGCCGGUUUUCCAGCCGCCCGAUUGCAGGACCUCACAUUGCUUAUACUGAAGCCAUCAGUGACACUCAGAUCAUGUUAAAAUGGACGUACAUUACAUCCAGCAACAACAACACACCCAUCCAAGGAUUUUAUAUCUAUUACCGACCUACGGACAGCGACAAUGACAGUGACUACAAGAGGGAUAUCGUGGAAGGUACAAAGCAAUGGCACAUGAUAAAUCACCUGCAGCCAGAAACAUCGUACGACAUUAAAAUGCAGUGCUACAACGAAGGUGGUGAAAGCGAGUACAGCAACGUGAUGAUCUGUGAAACCAAAGUGAAACGCACACCGGGAGCAUCCGAAUAUCCAGUGAAGGACUUGAGUACACCACCAAAUGCCCCUGAGCGGGUUGGCGCAGGCGGAGCGGGGCCUUCCAGUGGCCCUGUUCGGAGCAGUGACAUGCUGUACCUCAUUGUGGGGCUGGUCCUGGGUGUGAUGGUCCUUAUUCUCAUUGUUUUCAUUGCCAUGUGCUUGUGGAAGAACCGUCAGCAAAAUGCCAUGCAGAAGUAUGACCCUCCUGGCUAUCUCUAUCACGGAGCAGAUAUCAGCGGGCAAAUGAUUGAGUACACAACUUUACCCGGCACAAGCCGAGUCAAUGGCAGCAUCCAUGGAAACUUCAUAAGCAGCGGCCUCAGCAACGGCUGUCCACACAUCCAUCAUAAAGUUGCUAAUGGAGUUAAUGGGAUUGUGAAUGGAGGUGCUGGGCUGUACCCAAGGCACAGCAACUCCCUGUCCAGGACACACGUGGACUAUGACCAUCCCCAUCAUCUUGUAGACGGGCGUGGGAUGUACCAGCAGUGCCACAAACCGGACCCCGCCGAGUGUGUCCAUUGCCGAAACUGCCGGAACAAUAACAGGUGUUUCACCAAACCCAGCAACGCUUCCAGCAGCAGUGCCCUACCCGCCGUGCCCGUGGCAGCACUGGAUCAGGAUGGUUUGGAGAUGGAACCUCUGCAUCACCAGGUGAUGGUGGCCGUGGGCCUGGCCUCCACCGUCCCAGAGUGCAGUGCCCAGCGGGAGGAGCGGGGCAAGGAGAAAGCAGAGCAGCCCUCCACCCAGCAUCCCUGCUGUCAAGAAGGCAUGGACCAGCUCUCCAUGGAUUACACAGAUGGUGGCAAUUGCGUGCACUCGGAAACCUCGAACCACAUUUUGAGCUGGGGUCCCCUUAUUCUGCAGCCUGUUUCAAAGGACUGUCAGGGAAAACCAGGAUGGAGUUCAUCCAGCAUCACCUUAACCAGUUCUGGGGACCUUCGGCAGCUCCAGCUGCAGGAAACCUGCAGAAGUGACCAUUGUCCCCACUGAAUGCUAGUAACUGCCCAGCGGAGUUGUUGAAAAGGGAGUGAUGGAGGGAUGUUAAUUAUAACAGAGAGAGUCACUAUUUAUUUUUUUGUAGCAGUGUCAUAUGACUGUAUCUCGUUUUUAAAAAUGGUUGCCUUUUUAUAUUAUUUAUGCCUUGAAAUUCCUUUUUUUCCCUCCCCCUCGACCUGACAAACCAGCCUGGUUGUGUGUAUCAAAAAGAAUUGCAAUAAUGUAAUAAGCGACAAUGGGAGAUGUGGUGUGUCUGCCAUGGCGUAUUGGCAGCACAAGAAGCACUUCCGAGGAGUCGGAUAUGGGGAUGGAGUGCAGCGGGUCUGGUGCUUUUGCCCGAUGGUGCCACCUUCCUGGCAGCUCAGCAUCGCAGCACUCAAACCCUCCUUUCCAUGAAUGCUUCCCAUCCUCUCAGCUUCUGCGGGAAGAACCCAGUGGCUAAAUAAGAAAACAAGAAGAAUGAAUGUAGGCUGAGUCUGCAGAGCGUGGCUUGAGCAGCAGGUCUCAGUCUGGUGACGGUUUGUGUCUUCAGGUGCUUGAUAACCCUUAGGUUUGUGGCAGCGCAGAUGAAAAUCUAGCCUGCCUCACCUUCCAACUUGCAGAAGAGAAAAUCCAGUGCAUCUGUCCCUUGAACUUCUUGGUUUGAAGUAACACAAACAGCUUGAAGAGCCUCCAGAGUAGCAGUUCCCACUGACCCUGCACACAACUGUAAGAACCCUGCCUGCCCCUCGGGAACAGCACGAUGGAGGAGUUGCAAGGGGAACUGCAGGGUUUGGGUUUUUUUCUUUCCUUUCCAAAUUCAAUCAGAGUAAAUAAACCAAACGGGAGCUUGUAAAGCACUCUGUCCCCCAAAAAGUCCAGAAUGCAUAACCCAGGAAUGAGGUGCGUAAAUUAUAAUUCCAGCCACCCCAAGGUGACAACGUGCAGCUGCCUUUUCACAGGGCAGAGUUUUCUAGGCAAGGCUGCGGGGCUGGGAAGGGAGGAGGCGCUGGUGUGGCUGGAGCUGCUGCAAAUCCCUCAGGGAGCAGAGGUGCUGCAGGUGCAGCAAGCUGCUCUGCGAGUCAUGUGGGCUUGGGGAGCGAUUUCUGUUCAAGGAGGAAGCUUUUGCAAUCUGCUCUGGUGGCAGCGUCUCUUUGGGGACUGUUCUAAGCAUUGGAGUGGGUUUUUUUUCCUUUUAUUAUUUAGAAAUAUAUCAGGUUUUUGCUUUUCUUUUUAUGGUUGAGCAUCCUCCUAGCCAGAGCUGCCCCACUCUGAACCUCCCUGUUAAACCCUAUGUCGGCACCCUGGGCCCGUAGGCUCUGACUGCCACUCACCCUGCAAAGUCCUGCAAAGCCCGUAGGCUCUGACUGCCACUGCAAAGCCCUGCUCCUGCCUCUUCCUUUUUCUUCUCUCCUAAACCCACCCCUCUCCUGUGGCUUUAGCCACACUGGAUUUUUCCUUCACAAGACCUGCUGUAAGGCUUUCCUCAGUUUCCAACAGUAGCCAAGUGGUUGGUUAUUCCUUCUGGCUGCUUUGUUUUCUCCAAAAGCUGGGAUUUAGCCACAUUUUUCAAUGAUCUCUCAGACCCUGUGUUUGCCCCUCUUUCUCAAGGCUGUGUCAUGUAAAGACGCUGUCUUUUCCUAAGAAGCUGUAGCAUUCACAGAAUCACAGAAUGCCCUAAGAGGGAAGGGACCCACAAGAACCAUCGACUCCAACUCCUGUCCCUGCACUGGACAACCCCACAAUUCACACCUUGGGGCUGAUGGCGUUGGCCAGAUGCUUCUGAAAUACUGUAAGGCUUGGUGCCGUGACUGCUUCCCUGGGAGCUGUUUCUGUGCUCCACCACCCUGUGAAGGACAAACCUUUUCCUAAUGUCCAGCCUAACCUGCUGCUGGUUCAUCUCCCUGCCUUUCCCUUGGGUCAGAGAGAAGUGCUCAGCACCUGAUCCUACUCCCCUGGUGAGGAAGGUGCAGAGCACGCUGGGGUCUCCCCUCCAGGCUGAACAGACCAAGGGACUUUGACUGUUGCUCACACACUUCCCCUCCAAAUCCUUCACCAACUCCGUGCCCUCCUCUGGACACUCCAGCAGUUUUAGACCGUUCAUAUCCCGUGGCUCCCAAACUGCCCCCAGUGCUCAAGGUGGGGCCGCCCCAGUACGGAGCAGAGCAGGACAGUCCCCUCCCUCGCACGGUGGGUGAUGCUGUGCUGGAUGCACCCAGGACACGGUUGCCCUCUUGGCUGCCAGAGCACUGCUGGCUCGUGACCAACUUGCCGUGGGCCAGAACCCCCAGAACCCCCGAUCCCUUUCUGCAGGGCUGCUGUCCAGCCUUGCGCUUCCCGAGCUGUCCAUCCAUCUGUGUCCUGGGGGCAAAACCCAGUCCUUGUCCUCUUAACCUCCCUGCGGUUGUGAUUGCCCAGUCCCCCCAUUUGCCCAAUCCCUCUGUGGGGCCUCUGUGCCCUCAAGGGUGGCAGCAGCUCUCCCAGUUCCAUGACAUCCCCAAACUGAGUUAUUAAACCUUCCAGCCCUGCAUCCAGGUCAUUUCUAAGGACGUUAAAGAGCGCUGGCCCUGGGAUGGACCCUGCGGAACCCCACUAGGGACUGGUCGCCAGCCCGAUGUGACUGCAGUCACUGUGACCCUUUGAGCCGGCCCCUCAGCCCAUUCUCCCCCAUGGCACUGUGGGUUUGUCCAGCCGAGUGCUGGGCGGUUCGUUCAGGAGGAUCCUCUGAGAGAUGGGGUCGAAGGCUUUGCUGAAAUCCAGAAUAAUUACAUGAACUGGUUUCCCUUGGUCAACUCGGUGGGUAACCUCAUCAUAGAAAGUGAUGAGCUUUGUCAGGCAGGACCUGUGCUGGCUGGGAACAGUGAGUCUUUUAGAUGUUUUUCAGUGGCUCCCAAAAGAAUCUUCAUGAUCUCCCCAGGCACUGAAGUGACACUGACAAGCCUGGGGUUACCGGGGCCAUCCCUGCUGCCCUUCUUGAAGACUCGGACAACAUCUGCCAGCAUUCAUUCAACCGGUACCUCUGCAGAUUCCCAAGAGCACCAGAAAAUCAUUGAAUGAGGCUUCACUCUGACCUCAUCCAGCUCUAAGUACCCUCGGAUGAAGCCCAUCAGGCCCCAUCGCCUUACAGGGGUCCACUUGGAGCAGCAAAUCCCACACAAAUUUGGGUUGGUUGGGAGUUUAUCCUUUGCACAGUCUUGGUCCUCCAGCUCUGGGCUCUGGGGAGGCUUGAGCCCAUCACCAAGGCGAAGAAAGCAUUAAACAUCUCUGCUUUG